AUGUGGGGCCGCUGGAACAGUCCACCAGGCUGUUGCGUCGUCGUCAAGGCGCCAGCCGAGGGAGAAGGCGCAGCACCGAACAAGCCGGCCCCUCCGCCACCGAUCAAAGCGUUCGAGGUGGACGGAGUGGAUCCAAAUGGAUUUGGCGUCGCGGGAGCCGCGCUUGCGGACGCACCGAAUAGACCACCGCUCGGCGUGCUUGGCGCCGCGCUUCCAAACAAACCACCACCCGCGCUCGAAGCUGGAGCUGUGCUUCCAAAGAGCCCACCACUAGUCGUAGCGGUGGGUGCGGCGCUCCCGAACAAACCACCGCUCGUGCUCGAGGCGGGAGCUGCGCUUCCAAACAUACCGCCUCCCGUUGAAGCCGCAGGAGCGGCUCCGAAUAAGCCUGCACUCGAAGUGGGCGCCGAACUUCCAAACAAACCACCGCCUGUGGAUGCCGCGGGCGCCGCACCGAACAAACCGCCUGCUGUAGUCGCUGGACUCGAAGCAGCCGUGCUGGCAAACAACCCACCGCUCGUUGUCGCGGGAGUCGGCGUCGCGCUACCGAACAAUCCUCCGCCCGUCGACGCCGCGGGAGCCGCUCCAAACAGACCACCGGCAGAACUCGAAGCCGGCGUCGCGCUACCGAACAAUCCUCCGCCCGUCGACGCCGCUGGCGCAGCGCCAAACAGACCACCGGCAGAACUCGAAGCCGGCGUCGCGCUACCGAACAAUCCUCCGCCCGUCGACGCCGCGGGAGCCGCUCCAAACAGACCACCGGCAGAACUCGAAGCCGGCGUCGCGCUACCGAACAAUCCUCCGCCCGUCGACGCCGCUGGCGCAGCGCCAAACAGACCACCGGCAGAACUCGAAGCCGGCGUCGCGCUACCGAACA